UAUUAGUUUAAAUCAAUUAUUAGUAUUAAUAAUACUAAUAAUACUAAUGCUAUCGGAUUUAUCUCAUCAGAAAUCAGAUAAUAAUAAUAAUAAUAAUAGUUUGACUAACAAUUUGAUUGAACUGUCAAUGAUUGUCGACCAAACAAAUCAAUCAAAUUUAUCAAACAAACCAAUCAACUAUCAUAACCAAAAUCAGACCCAUAAACGACCCGGCUGUCAAUUAAAUAGGACUAUUAAUGGUAGAAAUAUAGAUAAUAAUAAUAAUAAUAAAAAUAAUAAUCCUGUUAUCGACUAUGAUUUAACUAAACUUGAUAUACAAAAUUUAACGCAUAUUAUAACGUUUUACAAUGAUUAUAAAACAUUGUUCAACAAAUCAUAUAAAACCAAACAGGAAGAGGAAGAAAGGGUCGGUCUAUUCAAGGAAACAAUUGUAUCGAUUAAUAAACACAAUUCCGACGACUGUUCCCAUUAUAUACAGGGUAUCAAUGAUAUGUCAGAUAUGAAAUGGUCAGAAAUACAAAAGAAAAAACUCGGUUUAAAAAGAGAUAAUCAAAAUACAAGAAAUAAUACAAAGAAAAGAAAACGCGAAAAAAUGCUUAAAUCUUCACCCGUUGGUGUUGACAAUACUACUACUACUACUACUACUAUACCGCUUGAAUUUGAUUGGAGAAAGUAUGGUACGGUAACACCAACAAAAAAUCAGCAGAUUARCUGCCAGUUUAAUAGACAAAAAACUACCGGAGCCGACGAUGAAUUGGCGUCAGCUAUCUAUACAUACGGACCGGUCAUUGUUAGCUUUGAUGUAACCGAAAAUUUUGCAAAUUACAAAUCCGGUAUUUUUGAAGAACCAUUAAGUGAUGCCAAUAAUAGUGGUCAUUAUAUGGUUGCCGUCGGUUAUACGCCCGAGUGUUUCAUACUAAAAAACAGUUGGGGCAACAAUUGGGGUGAGGAUGGCUUUGCCAGAGUGUCCCGGUCUAUGAGUAACAGCUGUGGUAUUGGUGAACAUGACUACUACUAUCCAGUGCUGACCAAUGUGUCGGAACCGAUCAAAUGAAAUACAAACUAAUAAAAAAUAAAAUAAAUUAAAUUAAAUUAAAUUAACUAUAUCUGUAUAUACAGUA